GUGUUUCCAACAAUUGAAAUUGAAAGUCGAGUGGUUGACUAUGAUUCUUCGGUCGGUCAUAAUCGUGGUUCUAGUAGUGGGGAUCUUAUCCCCUGCGUCGCAGUCAUUGCGGUUUGAGUUGCAAUCGGGAUACACUAAAUGCAUCUCAGAAGACAUCAAAAGCAAUUCAAUGACGGUCGGGAAGUACCAAGUUGUCAACCCAAACCCAGAUCACCCUCUGCCCGAUUCUCACAAGCUCACUGUCAGGGUAUCGUCGCCGAACGGGAAUACUUAUCACAGGGCGGAAAAAGUGGAGACGGGUCAAUUUGCAUUCACGGCGGCGGAGGAGGGGGGUUACACGGCGUGCUUUUGGGCGGAUGAUCAUUCGCCGCGGAUCACAAUGACCGUUGAUUUUGAUUGGAGAACUGGAGUUCACGCCAAGGACUGGUCUAAUAUUGCCAAGGAAGGCCAAGUCGUGGUGAUGGAACUGGAACUGAAGAAGUUGUACGAUGUGGUUACCUCCAUUCACGACGAAAUGUUUUAUUUGCGAGGAAGAGAAGAAGAAAUGCAGGAACUGAACAAAGCUACGACCUCCAAGAUGUUCUGGUUGUCAUUCCUGUCGCUUUUCCUUUGCUUGUCCGUAGCAGGAUUACAAUUUUGGCACUUGAAAACCUUUUUUGAGAAAAAGAAGAUCAUUUAGGUUUGUAACACAAAAGAAGAUCAUAGUUAGACCCCAGAAGGAAGAAAAAAAAUUGGCUAUGACCUGACACGUUUUCUCUGCUUGUUUUCUUUUAUGUUGUAAGUGGGAAAUUCAUAGUAAUUAAGUUUUUUUUAUUAAU